AUGGCACUCGAAGCUCUGAAUUCCCCGGCGGCAGCUCCUACAACUGGCCUAAAGUACGACGACGUCGAUCGGAAUCUUGAUUCAUGGACGAAAAGAAAGCGCUCUAAGCGUUCACGCAGCGAAAACCCGCAAACUGAUGAAGAAUACUUAGCCCUCUGUCUAAUCAUGCUUGCUCACAGCGGCGGGGGCGCCGCCAUCAGUCCCUCGGUUAAUACAACCCGAACUCCCAAUCUUCCUACCAUAAACGAUAGCAAGAAGCAAAUAGAAAAUUCUACUACUACGCCGCCACCGACGACCCAGGACCAGUCAUACAGCUGCAGCGUGUGCAACAAGGCUUUUGCCUCAUACCAAGCACUCGGCGGACAUAAAGCAAGCCACCGCAAGAACGCCACCGCGACCGCUUCAGACGAUGGAAAUCAUUCGACGUCAACAUCCACCACCACGGCCGCUGCAAGCACUGCUUCUAAUGUAUCUGCUCUCAACCCGAGAGGUAGACUCCACGAGUGUUCCAUCUGCCAUAAGUCUUUCCCUACCGGCCAGGCUUUGGGUGGUCACAAGCGUCGCCACUACGAAGGCAUCAUCGGCGGUGGGAGCUCUAAAAGUAGCGUCACCUCCUCUGAUGGUGGCGCGUCCAGCCACGCUCCAAGAGACUUCGAUCUGAACCUACCUGCUACGCCGGAAUUUCAAUUGGAGUUGACCGUUGACUGCGUGAAGAAAAGUCAAUUUGUUGGUGAUCAGGAAGUGGAAAGCCCUAUGCCUUUCAAGAAACCUCGUUUACCUUUAUUUGGGGAAAGAUUUUAA